GCCACAAAUAUCUGGUGGUGUUGUGGUGCUCCUUCCAGUAAUGAGAGUUGUGGUACUGCUCUUAUUUUCCUUGGCAUGGAAAAGGGAAAUGUAGUGUAUUUGUGUAGUGUCAAGUGUUACCGGGAUUCCAGGGUUUAUAAUGGAGGUGUGUGCUGUUAAUUACCUGACCUUGCUGCUCCUGGGAGUGACCUGUGACCCCGGGUCACCAUGCUCCGCCCAGGUCACCUCGCUGCCCUCCUCUCUGCGGUCACCCUGAUGGUCACCUCGGCAGAAAACGGGAAUAUCCCACAGGGAGACACUGUGGUAGAUGGCUGGCCCUCGUGGUACACGUCGCAGGAGCUAGCGUGGGAGAACCCUGGGGCUGGUAGAGGAAAGCAGCAGCAGAAACAGGUCCCUGGCUUGCUCUUCAGUCACGAGGACCCUGAUUCGUUACUCCAUGUAGACGACGGCCUUGAUUUGUCACUCCCUGUUGAUGAGGGUCCCGAUUUGUACGCAGCCGAUGAGGCCCCUGGCCUGUACACUGCUGAAGGGGGCCCUGAACCCGAGGCGGCUGCCAUCAUCGACAGCAGCUUCUACGACGUAAUUAAUAGCAGUGUGAGCGUGUAUAAUGAUUCGUGGAGUGACCACCAGAAGAAGAGGUGGUUGCAGUUGAUGUUCCUGCAGCGGGAGGAGGAAUGCCUCCGUCAGCACCUCCUGGAGGUCAACACCACCUCCAGACUUUAUCAGGAAGGGUUGUGGUGUCCACGAGUGUGGGACCGGAUGCUGUGUUGGGGACCAACUGCUCCCAACACCACCAUCACUCUUCCCUGCCCUGACUACGUCCCUGGUAUCAUCACUGAGGCGCAUGCGUCUCGGAGGUGCGGUGAGAACGGGUCUUGGGUUGGUGGUGGACAGGAGAGAGGCUGGACCAACUACACACCUUGCCUGGGUUAUGCCGCCCCUACCAAUGUUACAACCACCUUCAGCGUCAUAAUGGAAUACCUGCCGUCGCUGAAGCAGGUCUCUAUGAUCGGUUACAGCGUCUCCCUCGCCACACUCGUCAUCUCUUUUACCAUCCUCGCCUCCCUCAGGAAGUUGAGGUGCCCAAGGAACCUGCUCCACCUUCACCUGUUUGGCUCGUUCAUGCUGCGAGCGCUGGUGGUGUUGGUGAAGAACUCCUCCUAUGUUGAGAGUGUCGAGCCUGCUGCGAACUUCUGGCCUAAGCAAACAUGGAUGUGCAAAGUGAUGAUCUGCGUGUGGCAGUACUUCAUCUUGGCCAACUACUCAUGGUUGUUGAUGGAAGGACUCUACCUGCACAGUCUUAUCUUCAUGGCACUCUUCACAGACUCCUCAGCAAUCACUCUCUAUGUUCUCCUUGGCUGGGGACUCCCGCUGGGAUGUGUGGGUAUCUGGGCCACCUUGCGGGCCAGUUUGGAUGACACCAACUGCUGGACGGUGCAUAACAUUCAGUGGAUCUUCUGGGUGUGCAUCAGAGCCCCAGUUGCCAUCUCAAACCUCAUCAAUUUCUUCUUUUUCCUCAAUGUGGUUCGUGUGUUGAUUCUCAAGCUUAGGUCAUCCAUAUCUACUGAGUCUAUGAAGUACAGAAAGUUGGGCAAGUCAACGUUGGUGCUGGUUCCACUCUUUGGAGUACAUUACUUUGUACUCUGGGGACUGUCCACUUCCACUAAUGCUUAUGUUGAGCUUGCCUGGCUCUUCCUCGACCAAGUUUUCGCCUCCUUUCAGGGUUUCUUUGUGGCUGUGUUGUACUGCCUCAUGAAUGGAGAGGUGCGGCAGGAGCUAAGAAAGCUCUACAGCCGGCUGUACAAAGGUGACAUGCUGGUAGUCAACUCUCACUCGACUCUCGUUUCCCAGACGAAGACCUAUGCCAGCCGUGGCAGAACAUCACUACACUCCAUUCACUCGCAAGCAGAGCGACGUGAUCGACAGACACCCUCUCCCCAGAUGCCCAGAUCAGAAGGUGGUGAUGGGUCAAACUCUCGGCCACGUACUCCCUCUCCGUCCCCUACACCCACUCUCACACCAUCUUAUGUCUCUAGGCAACAGUCAAGGGAUAUGAGUAUGGAGCAAGGUUCAACAGAGUCAUAUGAUGAAGCAAUAGAGUUACAGCCUUGCACAGCCUCAGAUGGAACUCAGCAUCAGAAAAUAGUUGUUCAAGAAUCAAGCUUUGAAGACCCUGUAUAUUCUCCUUCCUACCUCUCAACAGUCAAGUCUGCCUCAGUGGAAGUAAGCACUGUCAGGAACACUAGUGAAUCUACCCCUGUUGAAAUAUUAAUUGAUUUUCAUGAUGAAAGUUGUAAUUUCCUGGAAGAUACCAAUUUGAAAAAUGUUGAGAUCAGCCCCAAAAGUAAUGGCCCAGUUUCAUCUCAAAAUGGGCAGGUAAAUGGAAGAAUGAAGGAAAAACACUUAACUUUCUCUGAAUCAACAGAGCAGUUUCUCAGUACCAAAACAAGCCCAUCCAAAGAAAAUGGAUCCAUUAUAAGUGGAAGUAAAAACAGUAAUGAAGAUGCAAUCAAAGGUGUAAUAUGUGUUAAUGUGAAUAAAAACAGUCUAAAAUCAACAACCCCACUCCAAGUAGAUUCACAUGUAAUAAAGAAAAGCAGUAAAGGAAAGGAACAAGAAACUAUGUUGUAAAUUACUUAUUAUGUGAUGGUAAGUAAAGAAAGUCUGUUAUUUAGAACAAGAAGUGUGUUUAAUACCAAGGGUCCUUCCUCUUAUCUUUGCUCUCAUAUGGCAUACAAUGUGAUCUUCGACUUCAUCAAGGUGGUGACUUCUAAUGUAGGUUACGUAACUGGCUUUCAAGAAAUUAUUGAAUAGCAUAGACUCAUGUUCACAAAAAAAUAAGUAUUAUAUUCACAGAAAGAGCUAAACCUGGAUCACAACUACAG